AUGGUUAUAGUCAAGGAAUGUAUGAGAUUUGCUCACAGCGAAGGCCAUACCGAUGUUUGCUAUAGUUCUAAUGGAGAGCAUUUAGCAACAGCAGGUAGUGAUGGCGAUGUUAGAAUUUACCAUGGUCACGACGAUGAUGAUCCAGUUUCAGUUGGAGUCAAGCAUCCAGUAAACAGUAUUGCUGUUAAGAAUAAUUUCCUUGUCGCUGUUGGUGAAAGUAAUUCUGUGUGGAUGUAUUCUUUUCCAACGGGUACCCCUGAUGGAAUCGUAACACGAUUUACAGCACAAGUUUCUCAUGUCACUUUUAAUCAACAUGGAGAUAAAGUUGCUGCCGGAGCUGAGGAUUUCGAAAUUAAAGUUGUCUCUGUUAAUAACUAUAACAAUCAUACUUUAACUGGUCACGAAGCUCCUAUACUCACCGUAGCAUUCGAUCCAACUGACAGUUAUUUGGUAUCGUCAAGUUGCGACGGAACAGUGAAAAUUUGGGAUAUGAAAACUUAUGAUUGCAGUCAUUCGCUAUCCAUUUUGCCUAAAUGCAAUGAUAUUUCGGCCACUAAAUCGUUUUGUCGUUUAGCCUGGCAACCUAAGAGUGGAGAAUUAUUAGCAAUACCCAUAGACUGUGCUAUUGAGCUAUAUAAGCGUUCUUCCUGGAAAAAAAUUGGAAAUUUGAGUGAAAAUGGUCAUGAAAACAUCAUAAGUACUUUGGUAUGGUCUCCCAAUGGUAAAUAUUUGGCUUCCGCUGGAGAUGAUGGAGUCAUAAUUAUUUGGAAUGUAUCCAGGGAAGAAGUAAUUGAUAAGGUAACGCACGAUAAAAACCUAAAAAUUACUGGUCUGUCUUGGCACCCGUCUGCUAACGAAAUUGCCUAUACUGAUAUCGAGGGUCAAUUAGGCAUCUGUAGCAAUAUUAUUCCAGAAGAUUUAUUAAAGAAAUCUAGUGAAAAAAGGAAAAUACAUCAGACUUUGAAAAAGGAUGCAGAUGAUGAUGUAAACAAUGGAAUUGAUCUAAAGGAUAUCGAUUCAUUGGACGAUGAAAUGGUAUUGGACCAGCAAAAGAGGUGUAAACGUAGCAAUUUUGUUAUCGACAGCGCAGAGGAAGAAGAUGACAAUAUAAGUAUGAGAAAAGUAACACACAAUCUUUUUUUUGAGGUUGCAACCGUACGGAGGCAGCCUAAACCCGUUGCCAUCACACUACAACGGGAAUUUCAGCCUGGUUCAACACCAAAAUACCUGAAUCAUCGAAUUAUGAUGUGGAACUCUGUUGGUGUUGUGCAUCAUCACACAGAAGAUGAUCUAUCGUCAAUUGAUGUAGAAUUUCAUGAUGUCACUACGCAUCAUGCAUUACAUAUUGCUAAUCAUCUAAAUCAUAGCUUGGCAGCUUUAUCAUCGCAAGCUCUUCUUCUUGCUUCUGAAGGAAAUGAUAGUAUGGCUAGUACUUUAGUUUGUUUACAUUUCUCUACCUGGGAUAACUCCAAAGAAUGGUCAACUACCAUGCCAGAAAAAGAGAUUAUUAAGGCCAUUGCUGCUGGUAAAACCUGGGUAGCUGCAGCCACUGACAAUUUUAACGUUAGAAUAUAUUCGAUAUCAGGAAUACAAUUAGGAAUAUUUACUUUGGCAGGCCCUGUUGUAGCCAUGUCAGGACAUGAUGAUAUCAUUAUGGUGGUAUAUCAUGCUGGAGUACCUUUCGACAAUAAUCAGCGAUUUAAUGUUAAGAUCAUUGAUGCUAAGAAAGGUCGUUCCAUUUAUAAAUAUUUAGAACCUGCUUUACCUAUCACACCUGGAUCAAAGCUAUCAUGGCUAGGUUUCAGUGAUGAAGGCGUACCCGUCACUUACGAUACUGCUGGAAUAGUGAGAGUAUUACAAAAAUCGUAUGGUUAUAGUUGGAUUCCUGUGCUAAAUGCCAGACAGCUGUCGAAAAACAAAUCAGAUACUUAUUGGGCAAUUGGGCUAAAUGGCAACUCACGCCAGCUGCGCUGUAUUUUAUGUAAAGCGUCCGCUUAUCCUUCUACUGUACCACGUCCCGUGGCGACCGUAUUACCACUUCAAAUUCCCUUAUGCGAGAUAAAUACCGACAAAAGCUCCCUUGAGGAAAGAUAUCUUUGGAAUAACAAUGCUAAAUUUAUGAAGCUGCAUGAUGGAAACAACGUGAAGGAACAAAAUGCUACUAUUAUGAAACUAUUUGCGUUGGCAUGUAAGUCUGAUCGUGAAUUUCGUGCAGCGGAAUUAUGUGAACUAUUAUCUGAUGAACAUACCAUUAGCUUAGCUAUUAAAUAUGCUGCGCGUAAUAGGCGAAUGGCGUUAUCUCAAAAAUUGGAAGAUAUUUAUCAGCGAAGAAUGGAAUUAGGUGAUAAUCUAGAAAUUGAAGAAGAUGAAGAGGAAGAGGAGGAGGGAGGCGGUAAUUUCCUGGAACCUCCGCGGCGAAAGUUUUUUAGCGAUUUAUCUGCUCUUUCAAGGGAAUAUGCUAGUCCUCUAACAAAACGAAAUGAAGAAUUACAAACAGAUAACGGGAGUGGCAUCGUAUCGCACAAGAAGAAUUCCAGAACCACUGAAAAUGAGUUAGUUAUCAUAUCCAAAAUUUUUUUAGUCCAUUUUCGUAAUAUUUCGGACAUUACUUUUUUAUAA